GUUGUUAUUUAAGUUGCCUAAAUCUCCAUGCUAUAUUUUAAUCAGCUGUGCCCACUCAACUCGUUGAGUUGAGUUGUUCAAAGUGCAAAAUAUAAAUAUGGCGCACUCUAUCCGAGCUGCAUCAAAAUGCUUUCACCAAUCACAAUUGGUAGCAAGAUGUUUCUCAGAUGUUGCAUUUCCAAAGAUUACGACCCACUAUACGAUAUAUCCAAGAGAAAAAGAUCCUCGAUGGAAAGACAUAAAAUUUGAAAGAUUUGAAGAUGAAACUGAUCUCUUAAUUAUCGGUGGUGGCCCCGCUGGAAUGUCAGCGGCAAUCAGAGCCAAACAACUUGCAGAAAAAGAAGGCAAAGAACUAAGAGUUUGCGUCGUAGAAAAAGCGGCCGAAGUUGGUGGUCACAUUCUUUCGGGUGCUUGUAUUGAAACAGCCGCGCUUAACGAACUUAUUCCAGAUUGGAAAGAAAAAGGGGCCCCCUUAAACACUCCCGUUGUAAAAGAUCGUUUUGGAAUUUUAACCCAAACUGGAAGAAUUCCUAUUCCCAUCAUUCCAGGUUUACCUAUGAACAAUCAUGGAAAUUAUGUUGUAAGAUUAGGUCAUUUAGUGAAAUGGCUUGGAGAACAAGCGGAAGCUUUGGGAGUUGAAAUUUACCCAGGUUAUGCAGCUUCGGAAAUUCUUUACCACCCAGAUGGAAGUGUAAAAGGUGUGGCAACGAAUGAUGUAGGAAUCGCAAAAGAUGGUAGUCCUAAAGAUACUUUUGAACGUGGCAUGGAACUCCAUGCGAAAUGCACGAUUUUCUCUGAGGGUUGUCAUGGUCAUUUAACAAAACAGAUUAUAAAAAAAUUUAAUUUACGCGCAAACGCGGAACCCCAAACUUACGGAAUCGGAUUAAAAGAAAUUUGGGAAAUCGAACCAACAAAACACCAACCUGGUUUGGUUGAACAUACCAUUGGAUGGCCUUUGGAUAUACAUACAUAUGGAGGAACAUUUUUGUAUCACUUAAAUGAACCAACUCCGUUAAUUGCUGUUGGUUUUGUUGUUGGACUUGAUUAUACAAAUCCUUAUUUAAGUCCGUUUAAAGAAUUUCAACGAUUUAAAACUCAUCCAUCUGUGAAAGGAAUUUUUGAAGGUGGCAAUCGGAUAGCGUAUGGGGCUAGAGCUUUAUGUGAAGGAGGUUACCAAAGUCUUCCAAAGUUAACUUUCCCCGGCGGUUGCUUGGUAGGUGAUGCAGCCGGUUUUUUGAACGUCCCCAAAAUCAAGGGGACCCAUAACGCAAUGAAAAGUGGAAUGUUAGCCGCUGAAAGCGCGUUUGAAUCCAUUUUUGGAGAGAAACAAUCUACAAGUUCUUUCGAACCGAAAAGUUAUAGUGAUAAAAUCGCAAACAGUUGGAUUUUGAAGGAGUUGAAGCAAGUUAGAAAUUGUCGUCCAAGUUUUCAUAGUCCUUUGGGAAUGUAUGGUGGAAUUAUGUACAGUGGGGCAUCUAUUAUAAUUGGUGGAAGAGAACCAUGGACGUUUAGCCAUGGUGGUGCUGACCAUACAAGACUAAAACCAGCCAAAGAUUGUACUCCUAUUGAGUAUCCCAAACCAGAUGGAAAGAUUAUGUUUGAUCUUUUAUCUUCUGUGGCAUUAACUGGGACAAAUCACGAAAGUGACCAACCUGCCCAUUUAACUUUAAAAGAUGAUACUGUACCUGUUAAACAAAAUCUUAGUGUGUAUGAUGGACCUGAAGGCAGAUUUUGCCCAGCAGGUGUUUAUGAAUUUGUACCGAUGGAAACCGGAGAUGGACAACGAUUACAAAUCAACGCACAAAAUUGUAUCCAUUGUAAAACGUGUGAUAUUAAGGAUCCGAGUCAAAAUAUUAAUUGGGUAGUACCUGAAGGAGGUGGAGGUCCAGCUUAUAAUGGAAUGUAGAUGUUUUUGAAAAGACUUUUUUCUAUGGCAAAAGUAAAAUGCGCGCCUUCUUAAAAACUGAUUGGUUUAUUUAGAGGGAUGUUAGAUUAUUUUAUAAACUUUUAUUGAUUUUACGAUAAAAUGAGAUGUAAAUAUUUUUAUAUUAAAAUAAAAUGAAUU